GUAUACCGCAACCUCAAAAUGGCUGCCAUGAAGCUUGCAGCUAUAGGGCUCGUUGUGCUCAUGAGUAUUAGCUUAGCCGAGGCUGCAAGGGUAGCCAGGUACUCUAGCUCGGAAGGGUCUGGGACCGGAGGGGGAGAGGGCGGUGGAUCCGCAAAUGGUGCCGGAUCAGGGUCCGGCAGCGGUGUUGGAUCUGGUGUGAGCGGCGACCGCGGGGGUUCUGCCCAUGGAAGUGGUGGAGGUGGCGGCAAAGGUGGCGGCGGUGGACAGUAUGGUGGUUCCGGACAUGGAGCUGGAUCUGGCUUGGGCUCCGGCACCAGCUUGGCUGGUUCGGACCCAUAUGGUGGAUCUUCAAGUGCAGGCGGGAGCGGCGGUGGCUGGGGUGCUGGGAAAGGUGGAGGCUACUUUGGAUCCAUUGGUUACGGAGUCGGUGGUGGUAGUGGCCAUGGAUUUAGUGAGUCGCAUCCAUUUUAUGUUGGCACCAUUGCGAAUGCAAAUGCUAAUAGCGCUGGUGGAGGCAAAGGCUACGGUCAAAAUGGUGGUGACGGUGGUGGUGCAGGUAGUGGUUCCGGGUACGGCGAUGCAAAACCUUGAAGUCUUCUAUCCCACCUAGCUGGAACUAACCCGCUAUGGUAUUGGUGUAACCUUGAUGUUGCAUUUAAUGGUUGCUUUCUUCUACUUGCAAUCUAAUAAAAAUGCUCUGUGAGCUCUAUUUAUUUAAAA